GCCGCAAUACGUAGACCACAUCCCCAGAGCAGUCAAGCAGCCUAUCACCGUGUCCAAGAUGCUGGACGGAAAGCUUGAGAGGGACAACAAGGACAGUGUGGUGGACCUGCUGGAUUUGGGAGUGGUGUUGGAGAGAGACGUUAAGCAGCUCUCGGGUGGAGAGCUGCAGAGGUUCGCAAUUGGAAUGUCUUGUGUGCAGAAGGCCAACAUGUGAGUACCCAAAGAGGGAUAUACGCAUACAGGAAGCACCUCUCACCUCUGAUAAUCGUUCUUGGUGUCACAGGUACAUGUUCGAUGAACCUUCAUCGUACCUUGACGUCAAGCAGAGGCUGAAGGCAGCUCACAUCAUUCGGUCGAUGCUCGAUGAUCAGACGUAUGUCAUCACUGUCGAGCACGACUUGAGUGUGCUUGACUACCUCUCCGACUUCGUCUGCCUGCUGUACGGUGUCCCCUCGGUGUACGGUGUCGUCACGGUACCUUCGCCUGUGCGUGAAGGUAUCAACAUCUUCCUGGACGGCUUCAUCCCGGCCGAGAACAUGCGUUUCCGUCAAGAAUCGCUUACCUUCAAGAUCGCAGAGACUGCCGAUGAUGAGAUUGUGGAGCGCUCGAACAGCGUCAAGUACCCCGCGAUGAAGAAGACGCUCGGAAACUUCUCGCUCGACAUUGAGGCCGGAGACUUCCGAGACUCGGAGAUCAUCGUCUUCCUCGGAGAGAAUGGUACUGGAAAGACGACUUUCGUCAAGAUGUUGGCUGGCAAGCUCUCACCGGACUCGAGUUCGGAAGCACCGCCCGAGCUCAACGUCUCCCUGAAGCCGCAGAUGAUUGCUCCCAAGUUCACCGGAUCGGUCAGGGAGCUGUUCAUCAAGCAAAUCAAGGGAGCUUUCCUGCAUCCUCAAUUCCAGACUGAUGUGGUCAAGCCGAUGCAACUCGAUGCCAUCAUCGACCAGAGCGUUCAGACACUGUCUGGAGGAGAGCUGCAGAGAGUUGCCUUGGUUCUGGCAUUGGGCAAGCCCGCAGAUGUGUACCUGAUCGACGAGCCUUCGGCCUAUCUCGAUUCGGAACAGCGUAUCAUUGCCUCGAGGCUGAUCAAGAGGUUCAUCCUCCACUCGAGGAAGACCUGCUUCGUCGUCGAGCACGACUUGAUCAUGGCCACUUACCUGGCUGAUAGAGUCAUCUGCUACUCUGGUACACCGUCAGUCAAGGCGACGGCCACUGCACCUCAGAGCUUGUUGACUGGUAUGAACUCCUUCCUCAGCGGUCUGGACGUGACCAUGAGGCGUGACCCUACCAACUUCCGACCGAGAUUCAACAAGUACGCCUCUCUCAAGGACAAGGAGCAGAAGUCGGCAGGCACGUACUUCUUCCUCGGAGAUGACUAAGAGAGGAGGAUGGCAGAAGACGCUCAGACCAGGCAGGGGUAUAGGGAAUGAGAGAGUGAGCAGUGCAAUUGCGGACGAGUGUGGCUGUAUGUAGACUGCCUCGUCAUGUCCCUACCUGAUCACCAAUGUAACACUAGACUUCAUCGACACUAUUAUUGCGGCUUGGCGAUGACUUCAAUAUCACCACAUAUCAGCAUAC